AUGUCCCAGCUCCUAACAGUCGGCCUGAACCCGAACUUGCUCUUCUACGCGUGGAGACUCCAGCAGACCCGCCUGUGCUCCGUCACCGUGGUGGACCCGUCCGUUGAUCCGAACUCCCCUAUAGCCUGGCGCUCCUCCGUGUUUGGCGAAUCCACCUUCACCCCAGACCAGCUCGCUCUGUCCGUUGCCCACUUGCCCAAACUGGCCACUUACGACUAUGUCAUUUUAUCCGUGCCUAAUUUGCAGCAGUUCCAGGACGCAUGUGUCCAGAUCCAGCCUUUGCUCCGCCGUGACGCCCUUGUGGUGGUGGAAUCCACGGGCUAUGUCAAUUUGGAGCCUUUUGUCGUCUCCAGCUUGCCCAAGGCCAAAGACCUUUCGGUGUGCUCCAUCAUGAACGAGAGCGAUAUCAAGAGGGCCCCGGGCCUCAACUCCCACGUCUGCUUCCACAGAACCUUGAGCCUGGAUCUCCGUGUCUACUUGGGCCUGUCGUCUUCGGCUCCAACGCACCUCAUCCCAGCCAAGGAAUCCCAGAGUUUUGCCAAAUUCUACAAAAUGUGGCAGUUGGCCCAGGAGGACUCCAAGGGCGUGAUCAGCUUGCUCAAAUCCACCAACCCUAGAGAGUUCAUGACUUACCAGUGGAAGCAGGCCUUGCCCAGACUCGUGUUGAACCCGCUUUCUGUUAUUUUUGAAGAGCCUUACCCUCAAGACCUCUCUCGUCAGAUCUUGGCUAAACCUUUGAUCACCGGUCUUGUUAAUGAGGUGUUCAAGAUCAUCAAAAAGAUGGAAUGUAAGCUUGUCAAGGGCUUUGAGAAUGAGACCAACUUGAUCAAGAACUGGCUGGCCUACUUCCCUUUGCCAGAGAAGGCCAACCAGAACCUCCCGCCCUACUGCGAAUCCAACACCUUGUUCUACGACUUUUACCACCAGCGUGCUGUCGAGGUCGACUUGCUCCUAUUGCAACCAAUCUUGCUCGGUGACGAUUACGGCGUCAAGACUCCUUACUUGGAGAACUUGUACUCGAUCUUGUGCCAGCUCCUCAAGAUGAAUUCCAAGGACGGUUCCGCUUUCUUCACUCGUAAAAUGGAGGGCUACGAUUCCAAGAGAAACGAGCUCGAAGCCAUGACCAAGAAUUUGAAGCAGCUCAACUUAGAGAAGUACCAGUUUGAGAACAACUUCGAGGAGCGCCAAAAACUGUUGCAGAGCGUCGAGAGUCAAAUCGUUCAAAAGAACCAAUUGUUAGCUCAGCUUCAGUCAGAUCACGAUAGCAAGUCGAAGGAGCUCACCUCCACUCAUCAGUCUCACCAGCAGCAGUUGGCCGAUGUCAGCGCCCAAUUGCAAGAGAAGGAAACUGAGCUUCAGCUGUUGCUUCAGCGCAUCGAGCAGGCCCGUCAGGAACAACCCCAGAGCCGUUCAGUGCAGCAGAUCUCACCUCAAAAGCAGCCUCAACAACAGGCUCAGCAGCCCGCUCAGCAGACCGCUCAACGCCAAAUGAACGGCAGUACUGGAUAUCAAGACAGUCCUGAUUUGUCUGAUCUUGCCGACGUGGCCAUGUACGGUGCCGCUUUGAACGGUGAGGUACCACAGGCGCAGCAAGAUGCCCAGAAACGCUUGGGCGAACGCCAGCAGCCUCAAGGUCAGCAGCAGCCUCAGGGCCACACUCGCUCCAUGUCCCAACCUUUGGAUGAAUUGCAAAACUACAACAACUACACGAACUACACUAAUUACAAUGGUCACAGCAACGGUAAUGGUAAUGCCUAUGCUCAAAAUGAAUUUGAAGACGCUAGAGAUAGCCAGGAGGCUGUCAAUCACAGUAAUGGUUACGCUCGUAACCAGAACAACGGUUUCUAUGAUGCUUCUAGUCAUCCAUCUCACCCACAAACGUUCCAAGGUCAACCUCAGGGCCAGCCCCAAGGGCAGCCCCUGGGCCAGCCUCAGGGUCCUUCGCAAGGACAAGGUCAACCACAGGGUUAUCCUGCUCAGUACAUGGGACACCAGACUGCGCCACCAGCAAGAACUUCCCAGUCAUUCCCUUCGCUUAGUAAAUCACAACAACCAAAUGGGUCUUACGAGGGAUUUGUCGAUCAGAGACCCCCUCAUGGAUUGCCCUCGAAUGGCUUCCCACAAAGUGCAUUGCCUUCGACGUUGCGUAACCCACAGCGCUACCAGAACGGCCCCGUUCCCGGUCCAGGUCCUGCCCAGCCACCUCCAAAACACCGCAUGGGCUCUCAUCCUAACCUUCUGAUGGGUUACCCGCAGAUGCCCAUGGGUCAGAUGAUGCCAGGUCAGAUGCCAGGUCAGAUGGGUCAAAUGCAUUCCCACAUGGGCCAAACGCCCUCUCAGAUGGGUAUGAACAAUGUGCCUAUGGCUGGCGGACAGAGAAAGGCCAAUCGUCGGUCUGCGUUCCCUCAGAUGGAAGGUGGAACGUUCAACAUGGAUUUCGGCGGAAGAGGAGGAAUGCCUAUGCCUGGAGCUAGCGGCGCCCCACCCACCAAAUCCAAGCACCGCUCGAUGAUGCCCGGGCAAAUGAUGCAAGCGCAGCUGCUGCCUCCACUUGCUCAGGGUGGUCAAGGGCCUCAGUUGGGUCAGGCUCCAGCCUUAGCUCACCAACAGCUGCUGGGACAGUUGAGUCAAGCUGGAAGAGGUCAGCAACAGCAUCUUCGCCCUCCUCAGGGAGCGUCGAAUCUGGGCUCCAUGACUUCGUCAAACACCAACGACCUGCCCAAGACGUCUUCCGCUGACAUGUCUCACGACAUUCGUAUUGAGGAGCAGGCUACGCAUGUGGCAGAAAAGCCCAAGAAGAAAAAAGGCCUUUUCGGCAAAUAA